AGGAGCACGAGCUCAUCGCGAGAUCCUCGACACAGGGUCGCCGCAGAGAAAAACCAUGGCCUACGUUCGCGAAGAGGGCGCAAGUAGAACCGCCGAAGUCCCGUUCGCGCCGAACCUCAACUUCUGGGACCCGACGUCUCGUGAAGCGAAGGACCAACAACCACCGUCACCUCGGUGCCUGCGCAAGACUAGGCACGACAUCCUAGACAUCUACGCCCGGCCGGUCCCGGGAUUCGUCGUCACCCCCGACGAGAACGACGUCACCCGCAUCCACGUCCUCUUGCUGGGACCUCCCUGCACGCCUUACGAAGGCGGCUUCUUCCGGUUCCUGCUGAAGUGCCCCGCGGAUUUCCCGGCCGAGCCCCCUCGCAUCAGGCUUAUGACCACCGACGGCGGACGUGUCCGGUUCGGGCCGAACCUGAACGAAGACGGCAUGAUCUGCCUGAGUCUCCUGGGGACGUGGCCCGGACCCGCCUGGAAGCCGUCGGUUCACAGCAUAAGGACGGUGCUGAUAGCCAUCCAGUCGCUGAUGACCGAGGAACCCUUCCGCAACGAACCGGCGCUGGUCAGGGGCAGAGCGGAAGAAGAGUCUCGCGCCUACAACGACUUCCUGCUCCACGAGACGCUGAGGGUGGCCGUGUGCGGCGAGGUCGAGGCGUGCCUGGACGCCGGCUCGUCGUACCCGCCGGAGCUGAGGAAAUUCGUGCUCAGGACCUUCCCGGAGUUGUACGACUUGCACGUGGAAACGGUCAGGCUCCAGCAGGCGCGCGCGGGCUCCGUGGGGACGGACCCGUUCGGAGGCCGCACGGUGGCCUACCAGUACGACAGGCUGCUGACGCGAUUGCAGAGCUUGUACGACCGGGCCUUGAAGGUCAGCGAAGCUGGCUUCUUUAACGGAAAGUCUCAAUGAACGGUCUUCACUAGCCUCCAGCGCCCUUCUGUUGAAUAAAGCUGUCCUUGUUUCUUGUUCC